UUUUAUAAAAUAUAUAAGUUUUUUUCUUUCAAAUAGAUACUAACAUGACUAAGAUAAACAGAAAUUCAAGCAGCAAAAAUAUUCUGCAAAAUAAGCUACAAAUAAGUCAACAUUACCGAAAUUGUCAGUUGAUCACUUAUAGGAGUUAUUGCCCUUGAAAGAUGAUUUUUACUGAUUUUUUUUGUUUGUCGCAGAAAUCAUGAUAGAUGGGGAGAAUCUUGAAAGGCAUGUUUGAACACGCAUUAAUAUACAUUAAACAGUAAAAUAAUCAUUGAUGCAAGAUCUACACAAUAAAUCCAGGUUGAUGAAAUGAAGGUUAAUCAGAAGAAAGCAAAUUCAAAAGGGAAGGAUAUUGUUAAACCUACACCUGGUACUCAAACUAUAACUUCCAUGUUCAAGAAACAAAUAGCUUCAUCCAUGGAAAAGACAAAUUGCAGUCCAGCAAAGACAUCAAGCAGUGAUGAUGAUGUUAUGAUUGUCAAAGUAGAAACAGAAUCUUCAUAUUUCCAGAAAGGCUCUUGUGAUGGAUGCGAGGGAAAUAGAGUUCAGACAAGACGUAGAUUAAGUCUUAAGAAAUCUGCCAGUGCUGGAAGUUCAACAUCUCAUACAAAAACAGAUGUUAAGUAUUCAGGGAAAGUAUCUGGAAAUACGGGUUCAGCAGACAUACCUUCUUUGACUGAACCUGAUUGUUUAGAUAAAAUUUCAGAUAAAAGUAAAACAGAUGGAAGCGUUUGUAAAUUGAACUCCAAAAAGUCGAACACUGUCAGUUCAUCUGAAGAUAAAGAUAUUGUUACAGGAGAGGAUGGAGAUGGCUUGGGAGAAGUAACAGAUGAUAUUGUAAAUGAAUCAUCUCAAAAGGAAAACCAAAACACUUCUGACAGCUCUAGAAAAACAAAAAGAAUGUUAAAUCUCAGGAAAAGAAAAUCUGAUACUUUUUUGGAAGAAGAAUCUAGUAAAAUGAGUAAAACUGAAAAGGAAGGAGAAAAUUCUCAUAUGGACAAAUCACAUGAUCAACAUUCAUGUUCUCAUGACAAACAUAAUUAUGAAAAUCAAGUUUUAGAUGAUGGUAUUAAAAUCAAAAUAACUGCUGAAUCUGGUGGUCAGGGAGAGUGUUCUUUAGAAAAUAAAGAUCCCUCAGGUAGAAGAGACAUCAAGACAGAAAAUGGUCACAUGUUGAACACACAGCCAUUUCAAUCAAUGAAAGAAGAGCCUUGUACUUCUAAAUCUCCAAAUUAUAAAUUGGUCAAAUCAAAUUCUUCUGAAUCAAGUGUUGUUGAUGAAAGUUCUCAACAAAAUGAAGAUAUAGACAUUGAUGAAGAUAAGAGUUCAGAAUUUAGGACGCCAUACUAUUUAGAGAAUUUUAGAACUGUGCUAUCAACUGUUUUUGAAGAUGAAAAUAAUAUUAAGUUGUAUGAUAGGGAGGAUAUGGAUGUUAUUUCAACAUUUAAUGAAUUAUCUGAAACGGCACAGAAGUUGUACUUGAGAUUAUUCUGUAGAAAGUGGGUAUGGCUACCUCUAAGUAAGAUUAAAUAUCCCAGGAUAGCAGAGGAUUUAGAGCCUGUUGUUGAAGAACUUGUAAAGACAAAGAUGUUAACUGAAGAUAAAGAAUUAAAAGAUCUGAAGAUAGCUUUGAAGUUAUUAUCAGGAGGUGACACAAAGACUUUAGCAAAAUUGUAUCACAUGAAUACUGCCAGUCAGAAUAAAGUUGAUAUUACAGACCUUCUGAUUAAAAAGACAAAACAGAAUACAAUAGGUUCUAUGUUCAAAGUCGCAGGAAAUUCUCCUGAAACUCUUAUGUUGAAUAGAGCCAAGAAGUUGUUGGGCACGUGUAUAUGUGUAGCAGAGGAACCAAGGAAGGUAUUUGCAAGGACAUUGAUGCUGUUUUCUUUGACAGAUACUGUAUUGGACGAGGACAGCUCAGGACAGUCACUUCAAUUGUUUCAGAUGUUAAGAGUAAAUAUUGGGCAAGUGACUUACCCUAAAUUCACAGUCAACAAACAGACAAAGAUCUUUCUCGAUAGAGAUGCUUUGCUGAGAUUUUGUGAAGCUUCUCUACUUGAAUUUGGCAUCCUCACUAAAAUAGAAAGGAACAAAUAUGCAGAUGCAUUUGCUAUUUACGAAGAAGCUGUUAGACAGUAUGAUAAUUUAACUAAAAACAAGCACAUUUUAAAAUUUGAUAAAAAGUUACCUGUGUUUUUACGACCAUACACUGCAUGUGGGGUCUACACAAGGGUCUUUAACCAGGGAGUAGAGAUCUUACAACGCAGAAAAGAUUACCCAGCAGCUGUAGAUCUGCUGAAGAAACUACUAUCACAGGGUUGUUAUUGUCAACAUUAUAGAGGUCAUUGGUGGGAGAGACUAGCAUUGAACUAUGACAUUCAUCUUAAAAAACAAGAUAUGGCACUGCAAGCAGUCCAGGAUGGAUUAAAUGAUAUGUUAUGUAAGACUGGAAGAAGACUGGCAUUGUACCAAAGAGCAGAGAAGAUUUGUACUACUGCUAAAUCCAAAUUUAAAUCAAGAAUGAAAGAUUUCCAUCAUGAAAAAUUGUUGGAACUACCAGUUGCAACAAUAGAGGGCCAAACAUUAUCAGACAAUAUUGAAGGACAGAAGUAUAAGUUUAUGAUACAAUACAGUCAGGGUAACAGUCAGACAGAUACUGAUGAUAUAGCAUUCUGUUGUGUGGAAGAAGUAGUCCUAGAUCACUACAAGCACAAUGGGUUUCCUGAUGGUAUACAUGCUGAAGGUUCUGUGAUAUCUAUUUUGUUUGGUCUUUUUUUCUGGGAUAUUAUGUUCAUGGAUGUGCCAGAUGUAUUCCACAGUCCUUACCAGACACACCCAUUAGAUCUUCAUAGAGAAGAGUUCUACUUCAACAGACAGAGGCAUAUAGAUGAUCGUCUUGAUUUGAUACAAAAGAGUUCUGAAGAGGAGUUAAAUGAUAUAGUAGCAAAGACUUGGGAAGAACAUGAAGGUACAUUAUGUGCUGGUCUGAACUGGGAAAGAUUUAAUAAUUUACAGCAUGUACAGGGUUUGAUUGAAUGUAUUGGUGGUAAAACAUUGUCUGGAAUUCUGGGAAGAUAUGCCAAGGAUCCUCGUCACACAAGAUCUGGUUUUCCUGAUCUAACUUUAUGGAAUACAGAAACAAAAGUUUUCAAGAUAUGUGAAGUUAAAGGUCCAGGUGAUAAGCUGUCACAUAAACAAAUUAUGUGGUUAGAUUACCUACUGAAGUUAGGGGUAGAUGCUGAAGUCUGUCAUGUUAAAGCUGUCGGAAGUAAGAAAUUGAAGAAGAUUCCAAGUACCAACUGAUGUGUACAGAAUGUUAUAUGUGCCAUAACAAUACCUCAUUUAACCAGUGCUAUGUAAAAGGGCUUUCAAUUAACUUGCUAUAUUUUUUAUAUAGAUUUGUAUAAAAGUUUAAUCUUUCUAAUGACUUUUAUGUUUAUUCUAAAUUACAAAUAAACAAAUUGAACAUA